CUGUGUUGUUCGGGAAGUAUUCUCGUGGGAUAGCUCUGGUUGUCGGUGCUGGUGUCGGUAUAGCGUUUUCACUUUCAUCUCGAAUAGUCUUAUUUCCAGCGAGCAAGAUAAGGCGCGACUAAAUCUGACCAGGCCAUGUGUGAUGUGUUGUUGCGCUGGAGUUGACAAGAUUUACGUUAAAGCACUGUUAGUAUAUAUCCCAGACCAGUUUGUUGCUGCUGUCCAGUUACGGUCAAUUGUCCAGUACUAGCAUGGACGCGUACACUAGUGGCAGGACCGUGCCGAACGUAAUGUACUCGUCCAACGCUGACACCCAAUGUCGUGGGUUUUCUGUGUGUCAGCUUCUAAAUCUCCCUGACUUUUCAAGUUCACAAUGUAAAGAUAGCAAUAUACAUCGAAACAAUGUUUAUAACGACGUGGAAGCCUCGUCAAAGGUGACGACUGACGAUGUAGGUGACGAUAUAGAAGACUUAGAGAACGGAAACAAAAUCAAUGAAGAAGAGAAUACGAAUACUGAUGAGAUCCAGAGUAAGAAAGCGAAAAAACAGCGCCGGAGCCGUACAACGUUUACUACUAACCAGCUUGGUGCCCUGGAGAAAGUAUUUGAAAGAACUCAUUACCCGGAUGCCUUCGUACGAGAAGAACUCGCUAAAAAGGUUGACCUGAGCGAAGCCAGGGUGCAGGUCUGGUUUCAGAACAGACGUGCAAAAUACAGACGGAAUGAACGUAAUGUAUUGGCAGCUCGACAAAAACUCUAUCCUGCUCCAAUUGCGGAUAAUAAUAUACUGGAACAGUCACCGUUGACGGCGCCCUCCACUCUCGCGUCUCCGGAUUAUCUCACUUGGACGAAUCCUGCCAAUAGUCACGGUAACAUGAUGACGUCACACGGAUUGCUAGCUCCUACAGACAAUAUGAUGAGUUCGAGCAUAAAUAAUCUACGAAUGAGAGCUCACGAAUACCACGUUCAACACGUUGUGUAAACAGCGUGAACUUUAACCUAUUCUUGGUACCACGCCUGUUAACAGCACCGUAACACACACCAGACAGGCGACCGUUAUGUUUCCAAAUAUGGAUGUAUGAUCUGAAUAUUCAGUGACAAUUUCUGGUAACCUAGGUAAUACGCAUGCGUAAACGCCAGACAGGCGACCGCCAUAUUGCGCAUUUGAUACCAGAAUGAGUUGAAUGUGACAAUACGUCUUCAACGAACACUUGUAAUAAACAUGUUAUGAAUUGUGUGAACAUUGGACGACAUUUGUGUAUUUCAGUCAACUUUAUUGUUAACUAUAUAGCUGUAUGUUUUGUAUCUUGAAAUGGCGAACUUAAUAAGGCAAUUAGUUUUAAAUAUAAUAUGAUUUGUUGUCAUGUUUUGGAAUAAUAGUUGAAGACUUAAGAUCUUUCAAUUGUAUUGAAAUAAAAAACUAUUGUAUUUUA